GGGAAAAAGAAAACAGCAAAACGAAGAUGUUUCCAUGAAGCAUCACGUCUGUGUCCACCAGACGUGCAACAGACCGACGUCCCACAUUCUGCACACGACGCACACACACACACACACACACACACACACACACACUCUCUCUCUAUCACACACACACACAACCACACACCGGGGCUGCGGGACGCGGUUGGAUGCGCACCGCAGUGGCACCGACAGCGCGUCGGCUGCAGCAGACUGCGAUGCCACAGCAUCUCAUCACCGGGGAGACGAACACCGCUGCUGCUGCUGCUGCUGCUGCUGCACCGGAGACGACACCUCGGAUCCUGGUAUGAAGAAUAGGGAGCUGAUGGAGGUGUCCCACGGGCACGUUAGUCCUCUGGCCGUCCACCCCGUGUGUCUCCGCUCUGCACGCACACACACUGUGGGCGGGAGAAGAAAGACCGUCUAUAAAUAAACUGGCAUGCAGCACCGGCAGAAGAACGAAACAACCGACUGACAAAUAAUAGAAGAAAAAGGACAAAAAGAAGCUCUCCUGGUUUCAGACUGUCCCUGCUCCAUUUCUGUUUCUCUGUCCUCAUUCCAUGCCCAGAGGAGGUCAUGUCCCAGUCUGGAAAAGUCCUUCAUCUGUAUGUGGAAGUGAGGCCUGCCCCAGAUCAGAAUGGUGGGAAAGGGGCAUUUGGAGAAAUCGAAGAGGGGAUUUCUUCGGUUGGGAACAGCCCUGCGGAGCUCCUGUCUCAGCUAGCGACCCAGACGAGCUGCCAGACAGUCACGAGUUCUUCCACGGCUCAUCGUCUGGUUCAGGAGUGCGCACACAGCCAGUCUCCAUCUCGAAACACUAUUAGCUUUCACCUCCAACAAGCCAGCGGCUCACCGACGGUUUGCAAAAGGGGUUUACCAUGUGAUGGAGUCUCUGCCCUCCACUCGUCGCCAGUGCUGCCUUCUUCUGGAAAGGUGGUCGUCCCUCACACGCCCCCCAACUGUCGGAGGUUAAAUGAGGGGGAGGUCGGUGAUGCGAAGCGGUCUGUGGUCACCUUCAGUUACAUUGAGAAGUCCAAUGUGAAGACGGUGGGCAGCCCUCGCACGUCUGUGUGCAUGAGAGGGAAGAGAGAGGAAAGAUCCACCCCCGCCCACAUUCAAAAACGUGUCAGCGACCCAAUUUGGUUUGGGAGUCCCAAUUCAUCGUGCAGCUCCAGUCCCAAGAUGACUUUCCGGUCACCAGGAAGUCCCCAGCAGACGUUCUCUCCCAGCCUUCGCCAACCACCCUUAGACCCCAUUGGCAGGGCAGCUACUCAAAGGGCUGUGGAGGAGUUUGGUUCCCCUCUGCUGAGGAUCAAACUGGCCCAUGCACUUGAGCACGCCUCAUUCUCGCGCUGCAGCCAACAGCCACGCUGUCAGUCCUGGGCUGGGUCUCCUGUUCAGCGUCAAAACCUCAGCGCAAACCCCAAAGACAUCUUUGCGGACAGGAGCCAGGCUAUUUGGGGGCUGCCUCGGAGCCCAGCGUCAGACCAGCUAUCCUCCCAGUCUUCUCACUCGAGACCUGGGUCCCGUGUGGAGACCCAGAGCCCUCUUCACCGGUCAGGGGAGGAGGGAGCUGUGUUGGGAAGCCCAGCCACCAAAAGACACAUUCACAGGGCCUGUAACAGGAGCACUUCACCACAGGGAGCGAUCCUACAACUUGGCAAUAAUUUAGUCGGGGGCUUGAACCAGUUGAGCGACAGUAAAUCGUCCUCUCCAGCUCACAGCCCUGAAGUUGCCCGUAGGCUAGCAGAAGAGGCCACCAAGGUAUCCUCCAUUUUCACAGAGGCCAGACGGUCCUCAUUGCACAAUGCUUUAGGCGAGAUCACAGGCAGUUCAAUCUCUGGAGAAUUUCACAAUUCGCCUCCAAUUGCACAACAGUAUAAGCAAAUGCUUAAGAUGAACAUCCCUUUAAAUGACCAACUCAUGCCAGCAACUGACAACACAGACUCUCACCAGCCUGAUUUGCAGUCACAUUCACAUGAAACAAACUCCUGCACUAAUAACGACUCUCACCAGGACGACUGCUUUCAGAAAUCCCAGCAUCAGAGCUCAGUUUUUUCUGCAGCUCAGAGUUCACCCGCCCUUCCGUCAAGGAUCCUCCGUCCCUCUCACCCUCCCACGGAGUUCUGCUCCCCCGUGAGGGACCCCAGGCUAUUCCAAGCUGAGCUCCGAGCACCAGAUACCCCCACCCUGCAUCGCCGUCAGCCCCCACGGUAUACUUGGGACUCCUGGGCGCCGAGCCUGGACAAGAGAGGAGAGCCGAGCUGUUUUGAGAAAGGGGAUUGCACUGAGCUAGCUCGCAGGCUCUUCAUCAAUCAACGUGUUGAGGAGGCUCCGGUCAGCUGGACUUCCAGGCAGCAGUGGGGGAAUCAUGUGGAGAACAGCCCGAGUCCAAGCCCUCAGCCUGGAUACGGUUCCCAUAACGACAAAUCCGAUGGUCAGUCGAGUCAACGUCGCCGGCCGCUCAGCCCCACAGCCCAGCAGAAACGGGCCGAGCAGAGGAGGAGAGAGAUCCUGCUUCUGGGGCCGGUGGUGCUGGACUCCCCAGAGGAGGAUGAGGGUUGCGAUGAGGAAGGAGACGGCAAUGUCGCGGAGGGAUAUGGGGCAGGGCAGCAGCCUCGCCAGCGGCCGGUCGAGGAGCCUCCAGAGGCGGAGCAGAAUGGGGUGAUGGGAGGGUCGUCCUCGCGGAGCUCCAGCGGGGUGACGGGCAGCCUGGGGGACAGGGAUUGUGUGUCGCCAGAGUCCAGCCAGUCCAGUCACCAGAGCAACGAGACUGGUGCUGCCACCUCAGGAAUACAGACGGACAGCGGCUGUGCGGUGCCCGUGCCCUCGCUCCACUGUCAGAGGAUCGCACGAGCCAAGUGGGAGUUCUUGUUCGGGACGUCCGCCGAGGAGGCUGCUGGCAGGGGGGAGAAGAAUUCCCUGGAAAACUCCACAGCUCCCCCCAGUGGCAACUCCAGUGAGUCUCCCACGCCGACUCCCCCUUCCUCCCUGCCUCUGCUCUCUGCCAAUCACGCGGUGCAGCACGUUGAGGUCGAGCUGGUGACCCCUCCCCCGGCCGCCAUCGGGACGUCACCCAAAACCGGCAUCAUUCGCCGGACGCUCAAGUACUCGGAGACCGACCUGGACGCCGUCCCGCUCCGCUGCUACCGCGAGACGGACAUCGACGAGCUGCUGCUCGCCGAGCAGGACGACGGCGACUCUGCGUUCGGCAGCAACCGCAGUGUGCAGGGCACCUCGGGGACGGGCAGCAGCCCUCUGGGGGGUCUGGCAUAUGGGAGGACAGACGGGGAGGAGGCAGAGGACAGAAGAGGCGGGAGGGGGACGAAGGAGGAGGAGGAUGAGGAGGAGGAGGAGGAGGAGGAGGAGGAAGAAAUGGUGAGCUGGGCCAGUGUGAGGAUGCAGGGAGACAACAGGAAGCAGCAGUUUGCAGCUCAGGAGGAGCCGGAGGUGUUCGGACACCUUCUGAAGAGAACGACGGAAACGUUCUUCGACAACCACCACCCGGCCCUCAAAUCCCCCAUUUUGGUCCCGGGCCCCCGCUGUGCUGCAGAGGACACCUUCAGCCGCCACUUUGAGAGCAUCAUGGAGUCGCACCGGGCCAAGGGGACGUCGUACAACAGCCUGGACAGCGAGGAGCUGCUGACCUCCAGCACCCAAACCGUCCUGACCUUCGACCUGCCCACACUGACCCCUGCCAUCCACGGGCUGGUCUGCCAGAGCGCCAGGCAGAUCGUCCAGCUCAGCUUCGCCCCGCUGGCGCACGACGAGAGGCCCAGCGUCUCCGACUCCAUCUUCACCGUGACCGGGGACUCGGACGCCACCAGAGCCCCGUCGAGCGAGAGGCUGAGCAGCGGCUCGGACGACACGCCGCCCAGGGGACGGGAGUGUGCGGAGCUGGGGAGCAGCUGGUACAGCAACCCGUCCUUCUCUUUGCCGAGCAGGGACAAGGCCCGCCUGGCGACGGACUCGGAGCUGGACCAGGACCUCAGCGACCGGCUGGGUCUGAGCACCAGCGAUACCCUCACCAACGGCAGCCACCGGGCCGACGUGGCCGCCGCCAGACGCCUCGCCAAGCGCCUCUUCAACUUGGACGGCUUCAGGAAGUCGGACGUGGCGCGCCACCUCAGCAAGAACAAUGACUUCAGCCGCAUGGUAGCGGAGGAGUAUCUGAGUUUCUUCAACUUCACAGGCCUCGCUCUCGACCAAGCUCUGCGGACGUUCCUCCGGCAGUUCGCCCUGAUGGGGGAGACUCAGGAGAGGGAGCGGGUGCUGUCACACUUUUCCAGGCGUUACUUGGACUGCAACCCGAACGUCCUGCCGUCGGAGGAUGCAGUUCACACUCUCACAUGUGCCCUGAUGCUGCUGAACACGGAUCUGCACGGUCAAAACAUUGGCAAGAGGAUGUCGGGCACACAGUUCAUCUGCAACCUGGAAGGACUGAACGACGGCCAAGACUUUCACAAGGAUCUGCUGAAGGCUCUCUACAACUCGAUCAAGAACCAGAAGCUGCAGUGGACACUCGACGAGGAGGAGCUGCGGAAGUCGUUCUCGGAGCUCGGCGACAGCCUGUGCGACUCCACCGCCUCCAGGUCCAUGAAGAGGGUGGGCAGCCACGAGCAGCCCCUGUCGGAGGAGACGCUGCCCUCGGGAACGCUGCUGUACAAGAACGGAUUCCUGGUCCGCAAAGUCCACGCCGACCCGGACGGCAAGAGAACACCAAGAGGGAAAAGAGGCUGGAAGACGUUCUAUGUGAUCCUGAAAGGGUUAAUUCUCUAUCUGCAAAAAGGGGAGUACCGGCCCGAGAAGCAGCUCUCUGACGAGGACCUGAAGAACGCCGUGUCCGUCCACCACUCUCUGGCCAUGAAGGCGUCAGACUACAGCAAGAGGCCCAACGUGUUCUACCUGCGGACCGCGGACUGGAGGGUUUACCUCUUCCAGGCACCGAACGCGGAGCAUAUGCAGUCCUGGAUCACGCGGAUCAACGCCGUCUCCGCCAUGUUCUCAGCUCCUCCUUUCCCGGCGGCCAUCGGCUCCCAGAAGAAGUUCAGCCGCCCGCUGCUGCCGGGGACGAUGUCGAAGCACUCUGAGGAGGAGCAGGUCAGAUCCCACGAAUCUCGGUUCAGAGCCCUCUCCGCGGAGCUGACGGAGCUGCGCUCGUAUCCGCCCGACCGCAAGGUCAAAGGUCGCGAGCUGGAAGAGUACCGCCAGCGAGACGAGUACCUGGACUUUGAGAAAACGCGCUACGCGACUUACGUCAUGCUGCUGCGGGCGAAAAUCCGUAGCGGUGAGGAGGACCUGUCGGUGUUUGAGUCCAAGCUGCUGGAGGACAACGGGCUGCAGAGGGCGCACUCCAGCCCCACGCUGCAGGACAGCAGCCUGGCCAGCCAGGCCAGCCAGGCCAGCAGCACCAGGGACGGGGGCAACAGCAGCAAGGCCAGCCAGGCCAGCAGCAGCAAAGUCCGCCAGGAAGGCCAGAGACACAGCUACCGACAGGCCGUGAAGAAGUGAGACGGGGGGCGGGGUUCGGCGCCGGGAGCGGCAACGGCGCUGCACCGCCAGCGGCAGGUUGUCUCCCUGCGCAGGUUUUUAUUUGAGAUCCAGGAGGGUUUGGAGCUCUGCUUAAAGGGGGGGGGGGCUGGUGUGAGGGGUCUUCCCCCCGCCACGCUCUCCCCCUGACCACGACGCCCCCAAAACCCGGCACCCCAAUCUUCUCCUCUGACGGAGGGAGGUGCCGAUCCGGAGACUGGCUGGGAAACUCCGGCGAGGGUGUUGGUGCGGGAGGUGGGAGGUGACGGAGACGAGGCCUCUUUGAGAACCGGGUGUUCGGCGGCGGACUCGCUGUCCUGUGAGCUGCAGGAGGGUUGAACGGGGCAACACGCAGGGUCCCACGUCCAGCAUCCUUCUCCUUUUGUUCCUUCUCUCCCACCUUCGUUCUCCACCUUUCGCUUCGGGACCAAACGCGUUCGCACAUUGUCACGCUUCCUCUGACUGAUUUGCCGCCACUUCCGGUUUAAGUGCUGCGGUUGUUUCUGAACGUCGCCGGGGUCUGACGGAGCCAUCGCAUUCCCUCAUCGCCGUGGUGCGUUCACAUUCCAUUGCAGGGAAGACGGACGUUACAGCUUUUUCAACUCCCGCGUUCGCAGUUCACUGGACGCGGGAAACCACGGACAGCGUUGAGGAAGCGUUGAGAGUCGGUUCACGCGACGGAACUGCGUCUCAUCAAACUCGCUUCUGUCCCGUGACUUUGCUUCUGUUUCUCUUUUUUCUUCUUCUUCUUCUUCUUCUUCUUCUUCGGGCCGAAUGUUGUUUUUUUUCCUCUUCUCCGCAUGCCUGCAUCCGGCACACGGCUUCUUUUAACCCGAGAGCAGCAGCAGUUAGUUUCAGUCCGUUCAGCUCCUCGACAUGCGUAACCUUCGUCUGCACUUAUAGCCUAUUUUAAGCGCUCACCGGGCAGAACCCUGAAUGUUCAUGUUUUUUCAGUAUUUCUACAGUAUUUUACAGUCGUUUGUUAAUGUUGAACAUACUCCUCCCGUGUAUGUCAAGUGUACGAUGAAAUAUGAUAUUGAAAAAUAUAUAUGUUACCCAUACUCUUUGUAAACGCCCAGGAUUCGUUGUGUGUGUGUGUGUAUAUAUAUAACGCGACCGUUCGCUUGACGCUUAUUUCGUAGAAUAUAUUGACAAUAUAUUCAACGCACUGUUGUGAAGAUGCAUUUUAGGCGCAAAGUCGACAUCUUGUAAUAAUCAUGUUUUGUUCUUUUUUUUUUCUUUUCUUCGUACACGCUGGUGGUAAUUCAGCACAAUGUUUGAGUUAGUUACGGUUGAAGCCCGUGUACUUAUCAAAGAUUAGUAAGUGACCAGAGAGCGUUCGUGACGCCACGUGGUAGUGGGAAAGUGUUUUUCCAAAGAGUGCAUGAGUGGCUGUGACCUGGUAGCAUGAUUUUAACGGGAUCAGGGUCGGAACUUGUCAGACAUGCAUGAAGAAUGCGAAGUAUGUAAAAAAGAAAAAGAAAAGAAGGAAGACUGUGAUGAUGUGAACUCCUGGUGGUCGAACCGUGUAACGUUGGAGGACGUGAGUCUCUGGUUGCCAUAGCGCUCUAUAUUUAAUGUAUAGCCAUUUUCUUACUCAGGCUUUUUAAAAUGACACCUUGAGCAGCCGCAGUGCCGGGGUCCCACCAGCAGGGGGCGCAGUCCACAUCCACCCCGCGUCCUUUCAGCCCUUAUAAUAAUCAGAAGCUGCUGCACCUGCGGUGAAUAUGCACGGAGGGCACCCGCCCACCUGAGGAGUGAGUGUGUGUGUUUGUGUGUGUGUCUGUGUGUGUGUGUGUGUGUGUGUGUGUGUGUGUGUGUGUGUGUGCAUGUGUGUGUGGCCUCAGUCUUGCUCCUGUCAGCAGUUUAGACCUGAAGCUUUUGUCAAAUUAAUCAAUCACUCAAUCAGAAUAUUAAUCCGCAAGUAUUUUCAUGAUGAAUUUAUUGAUUAAGUCCCAAAAGGGAGGGGGGGAUACAAAUAUUCCCCAGUUCUAGUUCCUGAUUGACUUUAUUUUAAACUGAAUGUCUUCACAUUUUGUACGAUCUGAAAGGCAGUUGGCUGCAAGAAUUGAUUAAUCCCCCUUAUUGAUUCAUGUGUAAGUUAUUUUUGUGAUUUUUGUCGUUUUGUCUCUAAAAUGACAGAAAUUCUUUAAAAAAAAUGUCUUCACAUAUGUUGUUGUUGUCCAAACGAGAGUUCAGCACCACGAAAUAUUCUGUUCAUGAUUGUAGUAGACAAAAAACAAAACAAGUAAUCACUUCAACAUAGGUGUUUUGUUUUUUUAAAUGAUUAAUCGAUUAGUUGCUGAUCAACUUUUUGUCAGUCGACUGAUCGUCGCGGCUUUGAAAGGAAGAAAUACAUUUUAGAGAAAUGAUCUCACCAUUAGGUUCACCGGCAGGCGCUCUGGAGCCUUCGCUCGUGUCACACCAUCUUCUCCAGUGCAAACACACACACACACACACACACACACACACACACUCUGCCAAGGUGCCAUGAAAAUAUUCGAAAUUAUCCCCUUUCUGUCCCUCUCUUUUUAUCUCAGUCACUUUUUUCAAGAAAAAAAAAUAAAAUUCCAAACAUCUUCUCACAUACGAAGACUGGUUGAUUUUAUUUUGACUCUAGAGACAAAAAGCAGAGAUUUAAAUUUAAAAAAUCUCCACUUGACCUUUGGCCUCUUGAGUUAUUUUUAUUUUCACUUCACAAACGAAGGAUGAAUCAUAGUUGGAAUUUGAGUCACAGAAUUGAUAAUUUAACUAAAAAUCAAGCUCAACCAUUCUUUUAUUUUUUUUAUUUGUGUACAAAAUGAGGGUUUCUGGAUUAUUCUUUUUAAUUUUAAUUACAUUCUUUUUUGCGCUGACCUGAGGUCCAAGAAGUGACACACAUGAAGUGACCAUGUGGUUUGAAAAGGAAGACAAUUGGCAGGUCUCCUCCCUCCCCCUCCUCUCCCCUCCCUCCCUCUCCUCCGUCUCCCUCCGCAUCAGACGGCGGCCGCAGCAUCUCCAUGGCACCCGUUAGCGUGGAAACGGGCUGGUUGCCCUGACGACGGCUCUGCGAUGCUCGACUGAAAGUCACCUCGCUGUGUAGCGGUGGAUGUUACCUCUGUUCCAGCAGCAGUGCACGUGCACACGCCUGCAGCUGCAGCAGUCAGGGCGAACUGUCCCUCGUUCUUUUUUUUUACAUGACGGCCUCAUUUUUUGAAUGUGACAUGUAAAUAAAGCAUGAGGUAGUAUUAUGGCCUGCGUUCGUUUCUAUUAUGGUUAGAGUUAUUAAAUGAAGGCUUGAUAUAAUGUAUAAGGUUGACAUUUUAUUUUUCUCUCUGUCCUUGAGCUCAUUGGUCAUUUUAUUUUUAUUUAAAAUUUAAUUUUUUUGUAUUCAUGUGAAUGAAGGACGUGGCUGUACAGUGUUCACUGCUGUUGUGUUUUUAAGAGAAUGGAGCCAGGUCUGAUCUGUUUAGACUGUUCAAGACGAGGCAAUGUUCAGUUACAGCUUCACACACGGCGAAGCGACUCGUGUCACCGCCUUGUCGAAGGAGAUGUUGUUUGUGAGCUUCUCAUGUUGGGAGGCGACGAAGAUGAAAAAUAAAAGUGUUUUGAGAGGUU